GUGAACGAACGGUUAAAAAGUUGGCGGUUCCAGGUUCAAACUUAGACGAAUGAGAAAAAUAACAAUCGUAAGUCCUUAACAACUGAUUAUUAACUUUGAUCGUUUAAAAAAGAUUAACUCCUUUGAUUUCUCAACCCAAAUCAUUGAGCUACUGAUCAUUAGUGGACCAUCAGAAGAGACAUAUUAAAGGUAUAUGGAAAUGUAAAGGAUAUAGAAUUAGAUGCUAUCAAAUUAAAUAAGCUGCUGAAGACUAACGCUUGCCUCUCAAUUCCAAUUUAUUAAUUAUGUAGGCAAAGAUUCCAUAUUUGGCAUGUUUAUAAAUUUCCCAAAUGAAUUACUUGAAAAUAAUGCUACCAUCAACAUGGUAAAAGAAGAUGAUGAGAGUGACGAUGAUGGAGGAUACAACAAGGGAUGGACUACGUCAUACACCACGGGUGAUUCAACUUGUACACUCGACCUCGAGAAAUAUGUUGAUGAACAUGGCAAAAUCAGAGAGGGCAGGCAAAGGGGGCCUUAUUGUUGUGGAGGGGAAGAAAAGAAGUAAAGAGGAUAAAUACCUCUAUACAACAACUGUGACACACUAUUAUGCUAUUAGUCAAGGAAAUAUGUUCACUCAAAAUAAAAUAGAUAUCGGUCUUUCAAUGGUUGUUAAUUUUAAUGUAUCUAAUGGAAGUAUAAAUUGUACAGUUAAAGGUCCUGAUCAACACCCUUCUGCCGCAUUAUUUUACAUGUUUGAACAAGUUUGUAGAAGUGGGAAUUGGAAGCUCACUGCAUGCUUUCACUGUGCGAUCGCAGAUCAAGGACAGUCAAGCGAGAUCAAGCAUAAAGAUGACAUACACAAAAAUAUUUUACCAACAAACAUGGAUGGCUUGCGCUCCUCAAACACCAAAAACGCAAAAUCAUGCAAAUUAACACAAUUAGUGCAAUAUGUAACCACUCGCAAGGGAAAUUCAACAAAUCAAUCUCAAUCAUCCGCUUUUAAACAACAAUCAAGAGCACAAUCACAUAUGACCGUAAGAUAUCCGAAUAUUCCACCCAUAGUGCCGAAUCAUGGUCUUCGGGAAAAUAAGAGAUUAGAGUUGAUUGACAAUAAAGACAUCAACGGAAAUGGGAAUGGUAAUAGAAUUGGAGGGGAUCAAAAGUUUAAAUUUUCUAUUCCUUUUAAAAUUGUGAAUAAAUUCCUAAAUUAGAAUUAUUGGGAGACAAUGCUUGAUGUAAGUGAACCUUAGGAUAUCCCUAGCUAUAUUGUGUCUAAUAAGUAAGAAACUAGGAGAUCUAAUGAUCUUGUGUUCAAUAUGAACCUAUAAAAGAUGUAAUAAACUUGUGUGUGCUCUCUUACUAUAUAUAGUCAAUGAAUUACCUACUACAAAUUUGGUA